AUGCAGGCACGCCGAGCUGCUCGACCGCUCGUCGUGACCGACGAGGCUGCGGACGAGGAGGCGGUGUCCUGGUGGGCGUGCAGCGUAGCCGCGCGUGCGAUGGGAAGCACGCCGCCGCUCGUGGUGGGCUCGUUCGAACACGCUGCCGCCUCAAUUGCCGCCACUGGCGAGCCUGUUCUGCUCACGCCCCAGCAGGCGCAAAGGCUUGGAAUUAUUGGAGAGCUAUCGCCCCUCGGCGCUGACGUCACCGUUCGCCAUUUUGCGCACGAGUACGUCUACGGCUGCUCCGCCCUCGCCAGCCGAGCGGACCGGUCAUUUCGCAAGGCCUGCCGCAGGGCGGAGUCGGCAAUGGCGGAGCGCAGCCUUCGCGUCGAGGCGUUCCCCGGCUGCCGCGUCUCGGCCGAGUUGAUUGCGAGCUGCGUGCGCUGCCGGGAGGGUUGGAUGCGGCGCCGCGCGGACGACGCCCGCAGGGCGGCAAGGCAGGCAGGGGAGAGAUACCUUGGCCCACCUUGGGCUGGGGCGCCGAGGCGGAGCUCCUACCUCUUGGCCCUGCUGGAACGGCAGGAGGGGCCGUCGCCAGAGGACCCACCGGGGUACGGCGUAGCGCUCUUUGUCAUCCGCUCCGGUGCUGCAGACCAGGUGGCGGCAUACGUCGUCACCGAGCGGGUUGGGCGCACCGUGGUUGCUGUCGAUGGCGUCCAUGACUACAGCCUGCCCGACCCGCGGGCGGACCCGUCGGCCCUGCUGCUGCACGUGGCUGCCCGCUGGUGGAGAGAGCAAGGUAUCCACGAGGGUGGCAGCGUGGGCGUGCCACCCCCGCUCUUCCUCAACGAUGGACCCGUCCCGACCGCUGGCCUGCUCAAGUACAAGUCGCAGUACCACGGGAGGCUGCUCGCGACGCUCUCCGUCUGGCCAGGGAGGGCGGCGCGUGCGCGCUCGCGCUGGUCGAACUUGCUACGCCUAUGGCAGCGGCGCCGCGCAAAGGCGGACCCGAGCCGACAUUGUGGACCGUCCCAGAUCCGACGAGCGGCUCGGAGGGUGUAUUGCGCGAAGGCGGCGGGGCUGGCGGAUCUUGCGCCUCAGAGGGCUCAGUGCUUGGCCGCGAUGAUACGAUAG